AUGAGUUUCCAAUUGGACCAACCAACACUUCGCUUGUCUUGCUGCCACAUGAAGACAUCCCAAGCCUACGCUCAGGUGUUGUCACUUUCCAGCCCAAGGAGGAAGACUUCUAUGUUCCAUCAAGUGAGAAACCAUCAUUCCCCAUGCUCACCUAUCGCACACUUCAGCAUGCAGUCAAGACUCAACGCCGCCACCAAGAACGCCAUGUUCUCACUACUGGCAUGGCCGCGCAUCCAAGCUCUAGACCGUGUGAGCAAGCUGGAGAAGAUCGUGGAAUGCCAAUCUCGCUUCAUCUCACGCCUAGUUCGUGUAGUUCGCCACAUUGCACCGGAGAGACUCUUUCGCCCUUCUUCCACCGCUAGAGAGCCAUAUGAGCCUGACCUUGGUGAGUUCUCACUAGACUCAGAGCUUGGUUCAGAAGGCGAUGACCCCAUAGAAGAGGAAGAGAGUUCUUCUCACUGCCACACAUAG